AUGUCAACUACUGUUUUUGUUUCAGGAGCAACUGGAUUCAUUGCUCAAAAUAUCAUAAAAGAAUUAUUAUCCAAGGAUUAUAAAGUCAUUGGAAGUGUUAGAUCUGAAAAAAAGGGGCAAGAUUUGGAAAAGUUGAUCAAUUCUUCAAAUUUCAAAUAUACCAUUGUACCAGAAAUAGGAACACCAGGAGCAUUUGAUGAAACUUUAAAAGAAAAUCCAGAAAUCAAAGUUGUUUUACAUACUGCAAGUCCAGUAUUUUUCACUUCUGAUGAUGUUAAGAAAGAAAUCUUGGAUCCAGCUGUUGAAGGUACUAAGAAUGUAUUAGUCGCUGUUCAGAAAUAUGGUACUAAUGUUGAAAGAUUUGUUUAUACUUCAAGUACAGUUUGUGUUCUUCCAUUUGGUACCGGUCAAUCACCUAAAGAAGCUAGAGUUUUCACUGAAGAAGAUUUUAAUCCAAUUACUGAAGAGCAAGGUGUUGCAAAUGCAUUUGCUGCUUAUAGUGCUGGGAAAACAUUUGCUGAAAAAGAAGUUUGGAAAUUUAUGGAAACUGAAAAACCCAAAUUUAAAGUAUCAUUUGUACUUCCACUGUUUGUAUUUGGACCGCAAGCAUAUAAAGUGGAUGAUAACACGAAAUUAAAUUUUACAUCAGGUAUAAUUAAGUCAUUAUUACAAAUGAAGCCAGAUGAUGAAAUUCCAGAAAAUUUAGGAUACUUUAUUGACGUUAGAGAUGUUGCAAAAGCUCAUUUAGUUGCAUUUGAAAAGGAUGAAGCGAUUAAUCAAAGAUUAUUAUUAACUAAUGAAAGAUUCACCAAUGAAUUAAUUGCACAUAUAAUUAGUUCUAAUUUCCCACAACUUAAUAUUCCAAAAGGAGAUGUUGUUAAAAGUGAAGAACAACUUCAAAACGAUUGUUGGACAACAGAUACUUCUAAAACGGAAGCAAUACUUGGAUUUAAAUAUAUUGGUUUAGAUGAUUCUAUUAUUGAUUCGGUUGAACUGUUGCUUGAUAGUUCUGAAUAG